AUGUCUCGGUGGGUGGAUCACGUGGGCUCCUCUUCGUUAUUCUGGGCUCACAUGCUGGGCACCCUGGGAUCCCUGUGUAGUAGGGUGGUGGUUGAUUUGGCUAUUUGGUCGGUAGCUUUCGGUGAGGUGGAGGAUACGUGCCUGUGUGGCCAGUCCCCCGGUCUCAUCUCCCUAUCAACUCGCUUUGGUGUGCGGGCUGUGUACGCCCGAGAAUCUACGGUUAACAGUCGCCUGUUGGUCUUCUAUGCCACGCCACAAACUUCACCCAGGUUUUUGUUUCAAAUAUCUGCUGUUGUUGACUCUCUGGCUGUCGGUGUCGGUAUAGGUAGCACUUUCCGGCCAUGUCUUUUCAACCAAUGGCGAGAUGGCCGAGCGGUCUAA